AGGACGAAAAACGAAAAAGGAUAAAGAGGAGGUGGACAUUUUUGAGAAGACAAAAGAAGAGGAAUUGCCCACUCCAGUGUUUUUAGAUCAUGUUAAGGAGUCAAAACCUUCGAAAGAAGAAAGAGAGGACAAUGGAGGGAGAGAAGAAGAAAGCGGCGCAGAGGAUAAGACCGACCUAUCAAGUUCGCGUCGUCUCCACAUGCUCCCACUUCUUUCCUCCCUUUCCUCCCUGGUGUUGUACCUGCGGCGGCUGCAGCACUCUGCCUUUAUUUCUCUCUCCCGCUCACCACAGUCGGCCGAGGCAUGGCGUCUCCUCUGUCACUCCAGUCUGGCCCUACUCAUCCUUUACAAUCGCCGGCGUGAAUGUGAAGUCUCCAAGCUCACCAUCUCCGAGUACCAGGCCCGCAUCACAUCCCAGUGCCCCAUUCCUGUGCAGUCUGGUGCCCCACCUACUCUUACCCCACUGGAGGCCUCGCUCUCACCCUUCGAGCGGAUGGUCCUCCCCCAUCUCCCUCGCGUUGGAGUCCAAGGGAAACGUGGCCGUGUACAGCCACUCAUCCUCCCACCACACUCUGAAGCCUGUAUGGAGAUGCUUUUGCAGACUCGUGCCGGUGUGGGAAUUGAUCCACAGAACACCUAUGUGUUUGCCAGGCCAUAUCAUUCGCCUGCCACUCCCCUACGAGGGACAGACUUACUUCGUAGUUUGGCUCGGUCCAGUGGUACUCAGCACCCGCAGGCACUGACACAGACACGCGUUCGCAGGCAGGUGGCGAUACUUACUCAGCUGCUGUUGUUAAGUGAGGGUGAGGAGGAAGGGCACCACGGGUCUGCCAUACAGCGAUUGGAAAGUUUCUUGCAGAAGGAGUAUCACGUGACGCAAAGCUGUGCAACCAUCGGCCAGGACCCUGGGCUGAUGGGUCUGAUUGGUCGGGUGGUACUAUGCGGAGAGAGAGAUGGCGUCUUAUUCCGAGGAAUGAGUUUACACCACAUCUGUCUGGAGUUAGAUGUGUUGUCAGGAAACUCUGCCGAUUCGUUGUCAGAGGAGUCAGAUUCUGAGCAGAGUAAAGAGAAACCUGAAGCACCAUCUCCUGCAACCAGCAUUAUGAUGAAGAAAACCAUAAGCAACAACAAAUCUCCCCGGCCCAAGAAGAUGACCGGCAGCUCCCUGCUCUCAAAGGGACGCAAAAAGGCCUCAGGACAGCCCAAGCCUGGUAAACGUGGUGUGCUGAAGCGGCCUUGGUCUGAGGCAGAGCGGGCAGCUGUUGAGUCCCACCUGGUGCAAAACAUUAUGGAGCUGCGUGUGCCAGCUAAAGCGGACUGUGAACGCUGCCUGGAGCUCUGCCCCCUGCUGGUCACUAACCACCGGGACUGGAGGGCAGUGAAAUUCUACUGCCACAACCGUAUACAGCUGCUCAAGAAAACCCAGCAGAGACAGGGUCCACCCGCCCUGUCUGUCUGCUGAGGCUGUGAAUAAGCGCAUCCAAUAACAGCAGAUGUGUAAGGGAGGGAAUGUGAGGA